CGCACUUGCUGCCAGAAGCGACGUCCCGGGCACCUCACAGGCAAUGAUUGACCCGACUUGAUUAGAAAGACAAUCAGAACAGAACCGAGAAGCAGCAAUUUCGAUUGAUUGAUCCUCACCACGGCUUUCCCCAAACAUAUUCCCCUCCCUCCAGUAACUACCAACCUAGCCAACGCAGCCAUCAAAACCACCUCUGCUAAAGACGCCGGGUCCUAGAAUCUAUGACAUAGCGUCCCAGCGACAAGAAAACCGAGGGCACCUAGCACCGCUUGAACUGUCGACACACACACACCUCACCAGCUACGCACAACGCCCCAAUUACCGUAAAGCUAUAAGCCCCUUCAACCACCGUAUAACACGUUUGUCACUUUACGAGGUACAGGGCUCAGGUGGCCGUCUUGCGGUCUGGAGAUCCUGCCGUCGUCGUUGUCGCCGCCCAAGAGCUCGGUAGUGACCAACUCCACCCCUCCCUGUUCUUUCUCCCCCUCGGCUGCUCCAGCUGUUGCCACCCCUCACCAUGACGAACCCAUACCAACAGUCACAGCAGUCACAGCACGGCGCAGCCGCCAGCAACUUCCCCAGGAGUACCUCAUACGCCUCCAUCGUCUCUGGAUCUCAACAGCAGCAGCAGCAAUCCGCUACCCGAUCUUCGGCCUUGGGCUUCUCACAUAUCCUUGACCCGAACCCUGACGCCGAACUGGAUACACACAAUCCCUACUACCCCGAGCUCGAUAGACUUUUCUCGCGACCCAAUAUCCCAACAUUUGGCGGUGCCGGCAUGGAUAUGGACACAGGAUAUACAUCACGAAACCAAAACGAAAACGGACACAGCAAUAAUAAUACCAAUAGCGGGCCGUGGCCACCACCCGCAAGACUAGGUUCCAGCUUUCCAAUGUCCAGGGCGUUCGACAUGUUUUUAAACAAGGAACCUUUAAGCUUCGCCGAUGCUACAGAUGUGGACAGCGCCGCGCAUAAGGGAACCGGCGCGGGCGCCAACCCCUUCUUGUCCGGCGGGACAGCGCCAAACUUUCUUGCCCCCUCUUACCUCCGAGGUACCGCCUACCUCACCAAGCUGGAAGAGCAGCACCGAGCGAGAAUUUUGGCCGAGAGAGAAAGAGAGGCUGGCGUACCAGGUGCGAAAACGCAGACGAGAGCAGGAGUACUAGCCACCAACGGAAACAGUCAUCACACUCUAUCGCCCAUGUCUGGAAAGGUGCACACAGGCGGGGGAUCACACCGGGGGGUAGCCUUUGAUGUGGUGGAAAAGUCGGCGUUGAGCCAGGGUUUGGUCGAGGAGGAAGUCAAUCCGUUGCCGUCGAGGUGGAACAAGGACGACAGGGAACCCUCCCUAGAGCUCUCGGGCGAUGGCUAUGAAGUUACCUUCACCGGGCGGAUGAGCAAUGAACACGAGGCCUCGGCAGUGAGGGCUGAUCACCCCAUGAAUCCGGCCUGUGGCAUAUACUACUUUGAGAUCACGGUCCUGAACAAGAAGAAGUCAUCGACCGAUGACAUGCCACCCAUUGCGAUUGGCUUCUCUAGCCAGAUGGCCGCGCUGAACCGGGCGCCGGGAUGGGAACCGGAGAGCUGGGGGUACCAUGGGGACGACGGAAAUUGCUUCGCCGCGCAAAACGUAGGGAAGGCGUACGGCCCCAAGUUUGGUCCGAAGGAUACGGUCGGGUGUUGUAUCAAUUUCCGGCUGGGGCAGGCGUUUUUUACAAAGAACGGCAAGGAGCUGAAGGUGGCGUUUCGGGACAUCAACUUUAAGGAUGUGAAGGCGGGCAAGUUGUUUCCCAUGGUCGGGCUCAAGAAGACAGGGGAUCACAUCUGGGCCAACUUUGGGCAGCAGCCGUUUAUGUUUGAUAUUGAUAACUACAUGCUGGAGCAGCAACAGAUUAUCGAAGACGAGAUAAACCGUGUCGAUACACGCAUCCUAGCACCAGGACUGUCAGAAACGGAGCUUAUUCAGCAAUUGGUUUUGCAAUUCCUGCAACAUGACGGCUACGUUGAGACAGCUCGUGCUUUUGCGGAGGAGAUCCAUUCCGAGAAGUCGGCUCUUCGGCUUAGUGCCAAGGAACAGGUCAAGGGCAUCAACAUUAAAGACGACGAGGACGCCAACAACCGCCAGAGGAUCCGUCGAGCGAUACUCGAAGGCGAUAUCGACCGCGCCAUGCGUUACACGGAGCAAUGCUACCCCAACGUCCUCAAAGAAAACGAGCAGGUUUAUUUCCGUCUCAAAUGCAGGAAGUUCAUCGAGAUGAUUCGCAAGGAGGCCGAGAUGAACCUAAAGUUGGAGGAUCGAAACCGGCGACUCGAAGAGCAGCGCGGUAGACAAGGCCUGGGGGAUAAUGACGAGGAGAUGCAAGAUGAGUGGGAUGACGAGAGGGAGUUCUACAUUGAUCAACUCGGGAAGCUCUCGAUGGAGGCACUGGAGUACGGACAGGAGCUGAGGGCCGAGUUCACCAACAAUCCGAGCAGAGAGAUGACGAAACACCUGGAUGAGAUCUCCAGUCUGAUUGCCUAUCCGCAUCCGCUACAGGUGCCAGAGGUGUCUCAUUUGAUGGAUGCGAAGGGGAGAGUGGCCGUGGCGGAGGAGUUGAACUCUGCUAUACUGACAUCACUCGGCAAAUCAUCCCGCGCAGCACUCGAAAACGUUUACGCCCAGACCUCGGUGCUUCUGGAGGACCUGGCGAAGGACGGGGGACCGGGUGCUUUUGUGACGUUGGAGGCGCUCUUCAGGCAGUUUCCACCCAGCCAAUUGCUUUAGGGGGCAAAAUCAAAAGGCAAGGAAGGCGCAUCAAUGGUGGAAGAGAUGGAAACAGGGGCCUUGAGAUGUUGUUUGGACAUGGGUAUACAGCCCGGGACGCGAGAGGGAUGCCUGAUCAUCAGCAGACUUGUUAAGCGCAACAUCACGAAACAAUCAAGAGAAUGGCAUGGCGUUACUGGAAAGGGGUGGUUUUUCUUUGGACCAAACAUACAACAGCAGAGCAGCGGAUGGAGGAGCAGAAUGGAGAGAAACAGAGCAGCAUUACCUGGCGGUUCUCGAUAUAAAACCAACUUUUUCUCUCCUUUUGUUUCGGGAGUUGGUGAGGGUGUGGUGUUUAUGGUGCUAUUCACAACCAGGUUGUCUGUUCAGUGGUUUUUUUUUAGGUGGUCUCUCUCUCUCUCUCUCUCUCUAUUGGGCAUUUUGGCUUUCAUUGUGUAGCUCAUCUCCAUCCUCAGUUUCUCACCUUGUAGUCUGCUCUCCAUCUGGCCUCUCAUGAGUGGUUUGGUGGUGAGGGGAAUCAUCUCAGCUUGGAUUUUGGGCCUGGUUUUUGGCUUAUAAGUAUGCAUGAAUAAACAUAUCAAAAUGAAUAUGAGUUACUGUGUCGA